AUGUCUUCCCUUGACGCCUGGCUUCCCGCCCUUAAAGGUAUCGCCAUCGCCGGCAGUCUCAUUAACGCCGGUACCAUGACGUCAGGCUACCGUCUUCUCCCCUCAGUUUAUCCAAUUGCCCAAAAGUCUCCCAAAGACGCUGCAAAGCAGUGGGAGUUCUUCUACUGGAACAUGUCUGCUACCGUACCAUGGGUUGACCUCACCACUAUCAUUGCGCUCGGCACAAUCGCCUACGGGGAGCACAAGGAGAACGCCUCUGCUUUGCCUUGGAAGCUUUGGACCACGGCGGCGGCCAUCAUGCCUGUUGGAUGGAUCUGGGUUAGGCUGGUGAUGCUCCCACCAUCUUAUGAGCUAUUGAAAAUCGCCGGUGAUAAGAAUGAUGAGACUCAGCCCCUGACUCCUAGUAGCAAGAAGGUAUUGGGUCUCAUGGAGAAGUUUAAUGCCCAGAUGUCGGUCAGGAUGACGUUCCCAUGGGUUGUUGGUGGACUUGCUAUGUGGCUUACGUUGAGCUUCUAG